AUGUGCAACAACGCUGCCCUGACCACACGAGGCAUCGCCACCCCAAGCUGCACAAUCAUCCGUGUGGCGAGCUGCCGACUAUCCGCACCCAUCAAACAAUUUGGACCACGGUUUGGGCCAAUCGCAAAGUGGAAUGGAUCACCUUCCCAUAAUUUUGUCCCACCAACGUCAACUCACAUGUCCCCCCAGGAGUGGCGGACAGGGAAGAAACCGAUGCGCUUCGAUAGGCGCAAAUUACCGUUGAAUUGCUUAACUGAUUCGAAGAGCCCAACCCACCACCAAGUCUGCGAUAGCCUUCAAAAUUUCAAAGAACCAUCACGCAAAAUACGAGCCCACAUAACAAUCACCCUGAGCACUGUACGAUCCCCCACUCCCCACCGCAUCCCGCUGCCCAUCAUCGAAAUCACCAAUGAGGGCUUGUCUUUCUGCUGGGUUAAGUUGGCGUCCUUUUCAAAGAAAAAGAUCUUUUGGAGUUUAAUUUCGUGA